AUGAGCGGCGGGCGUAGCGGGCGAUCCGCCGUGAAGAUGGAGGCGCCGUUCUACCCCGAGGAAGGACUGGAGCUGUUGCCCGACUUCGUGCCGCUGCCGGGUUUCGGUACCACCGGCGGACCUGGAGCCGAUGCGGCGGCGGGGCAGAAGCUGCUGCUGGGCGCCGGGAAGAAGCGGGACCUGCCGGCUGCCGCCCCCGCGCCGCUCCCGGGGCCCUUCGCCCUUCGCCCGCCUGCCGGCGCCCGCGGCAGCGCGGCUUCUCUGCGCUUGCUGCCGCCGCCCGCCGCCGCCGCCGCCCCGCCGCCCACCGCGGGCUCCGCGGAGACGGGGAGCAGCGGCGGGGCGGCGGCGGCCCGCGGCGGCCCGGAGGCCGCGCUGGGGUCGGCUGCGGAGCUGCCGCUGCUGAAGCUGCCACCGGCCGCCGACCUGGAGCAGCUGCUGAUCCAAGGGGGCGCGGGGCUGGGCGCGGGCAGCCCGGGGCCGACGGCGCCCGGGGCGGGGAGCGGCGGGGCGGCGGCGGCGGGGCCGUUCCUCUACCGGCAGCCGGUGACGCAGGAACAGGAGGGUUUCGCCGACGGCUUCGUCAAGGCCCUGGCUGACCUGCACAAGCAGAACCAGCUCCUGACGGCGCCGCCGCCGCUCUCCGCGCCGGGACCCUGCUGCACCGCCCGCCCGGGGCCACCGGGAGCCCCCGCCGCUGCCGCCGCCGCCGCCGACCCUCCGGCCGUCUACACCAACUUGAGCGGCUUCAACCCCGCGGGGCCGCUGAGCCCCUCGGGCAGUGCCUACCCCUCCGCCCCGCCACCGCCGCCGGGCCUGGCCUUCGGGGCCGCGGGUCUGGGGAGCGGCCGGCUGCCGCCGGCGCGGUCCCUGGAGGAGCCGCAGACGGUGCCCGAGGUGCCGCCGUCGGCGGGCGGGGAGGGUGGCAACAGCGCGCCGACGCCGCCGUCGCUGUCGCCGCUGGACGCGGAGAGCCAGGAGCGGCUGAAGGCAGAGCGCAAGCGGCUGCGAAACCGCAUCGCCGCCUCCAAGUGCCGCCGGCGGAAGCUGGAGCGCAUCGCCCGGCUGGAGGAGAAGGUGAAGGCGCUCAAGGGGCAGAACGCCGAGCUGGCCGCCACCGCCAACCUCCUCCGCGCCCAGGUCACCCAGCUGCAGGGUCGCGUCCGCAGCCACCUCUCCUCUGGCUGCCACAUCAACGCCGCCGGGCAUCCUCCUCCUCCUCACGCCGCCGCCCAGCCGCGGGAGACUCCCCCCGAGGCGGCCGCCGCCGCGCCGGAGACAAGCGCCUGCUGAGGAGGGACACCCCGCCGGCCCCGGCCCCAAGCCCGCCCGGGGGCACCGCGGGGCCAAGGUGCGCGCCUGCUGCCGCCCUUCUGCUAUUAUUAUUAUUUUUAUUAUUAAUAAUUAUUAUUAUUAUUAUUAUUUAUUUGCGCCUGGAAAAGGCGUUUUUUUGCGGGAGCCGGGUGUUGCUAAGCGUUUCCCGAGUUCUGUCCGUGUCGCAUUCAGCAGCGAGGGUCUCCGUGGGUGGUUCUGGGGCAGGUGGUUGUUAAUUUUUCAGUGAAGUACUUGAGGUCUGUAGAGAUUUCCGAAAAUAAGAAAAUUACUGUUUACAGAAAGAUUCAACUUUAUUUUCAUGGGGGAUAUAAAACGUGUGUUUCCUAAUACACCUUACUGAACUGUAUAGCAAUGGAUAAGCUUUUCAAACUUUAAAAAAAAUAGCCAGAAUCGUACCUUUUGAAAAUAUGUGUGUGUAUAUAUAUAUAUUUAAAACAUAAUAUGGCUAUGUAUAUUUUCUUGGUAUUGAUAAAGAACCUUUUUUAAAAUAC